AUGUGCUCUAUUUGUAAUGUUCGGGUCAUUUCCGGAUACAGUUAUGGAGCCCUCUGCUGUGGUGCUUGCAAAAUGUUCUUCCGUAGAGUACUCUUCGUAAAAAACAUUGAAAACUGUAGGCGGAACGGAAACUGUACAAGAAAAUGUCGUUACUGUAGAUUCAAAAAAUGCAUUAAGGCAGGAAUGACCUAUACACCGACUGAAAAUCUAUUUGAUAUGAACAACACCGACUCUCUAUCUGCACUGAUAUUCAAUCUAUCUCAUCAAGAAUCGCACCGAGAUUUCCAAUUGAACAACUGUCUAUUUGCCGGCGAUCCAACUGUCGCAGAACUCUGCCGAAUACAAGGACCACUCACAUUCUAUCCGAGACCUAUAAACUAUCAAAUGAAUCUUGCCGAGUGGGUAUUCAUAACUGGGAUCACUUCAUUGGAUUAUCUCAAAAAAUUCAUUCAUGUCAAUAUGCUCAACGAGUCAGACAGAGCUAUUCUACUGAAGUUCACCUUCUUCGACUUUUCCAUUUUCACGGAUUCGAUGAGAGCACAGAAUAGAAAUCAAGAAUACAUCUCAUUCCCAGAUGGAACAGAUGUCAUUAAAGCUGAAGUCGUGGGUGUCACUGACAACUUUAUCAACGGAAUCAGAUGUCGACUGGCGGCAAGGAUCAAUGAGUUGAAAGUGACCAAGGAGGAAUUUUUACUGUUGGCUUUGGUAUUCUUCUGUAAUCCAGCUCUCCCAAAUCUCUCAGACAGUGGUCGUGGAAUUUUGAACUCCUACCAAAAGAUCUACUCCUCGGCCCUACUCCAAUACUGCCUUCUCACCUACCAACAGCUGGGUCCAUCUCGAUUCACCGACCUACUUUCCGUUUAUCAAAUCAUUGCCAAAACUCGAAUGGACAUCUCAUAUCUCUUUAUUCUGAAUACAAUGCACAGACCAUGUACUGGAUUGAAAAAGAUCUAUGUGUUCAGAUAA